AUGAGUAUUGUUGGCGGCGAAAAGAGUGAUGGUGAGGAUAGCAGCAGUAACUUUAGCAGCAGCAACAACAGCAGUUGGAGCAGUGCGUUGGAAAUAUCCGAUAGUGAGAUCGAAUUCGACGUUCCAGCACAAGUGGCCACUCAUCCAACACCAGUUCCCUCAGUGAAAUCCAAAAUCAAAUCCAAACCGUCGGUGCAUCCAUCUCAAAAGCGAACUGUAGCUGGGACUCCUUCUUUGCGGCAACACAACCAAUCGUUACGUCAUCGAAGCGCCUCUCCAAACAAGAGGCCUACUCGAAUAAUAAAGGCAUCAACAGGAGGAACUAGAGGACGAGCUAGUGUGAGAAGUGUAUCUCCUACAAUAAUACAAACAAGUAGGGGUCCACGAAAAUCAGUACGAGUGCAACAACGGCCACAGAGUCCAACUAAGAAACCAAACAGACAGUCACCUCCUCGAACAAGCUCCGUGACACCCAUUCAUUAUCCACCACGCAUCAGAGAGGUGCCGCCAUCAAAGACAAGAAAGACGAGCCACUCUCCCAAACGUUCCAAGCGAAUCUCGGCUGGAGUCGGUCUGGCUUUGACUCCCAAGAUCACACGGAAAGGUUCCCAUGAGCAAAAGCGCAGUAUCUCUCCCGAGCCUCCUAUCCGUUCCAAGAGCGACGAAAUAUCACCACCAGUGUUACCAAAGAAAGCAAAACACCUUCGUAACAGAUCCAUGCCAUUGGAAUUAUUGUCCCAUGACGAAAUUGUGGUGGAAACUGUCAAUGAUGACGAAGAAACAGUGAAAGUGCUGUCCAGACGACGGUCACGGAGCUUGGACAGGGAACCAUCGGCAAUGACACUUUUCCCAGCCCAAAUUUUACAAAUGCCCAAAAGAAGCAGUACUGGCUCCAAAGCUGUCAAACCUCCAAUAACACCACUGCCAUCGAGAGCCAACAAGAAAUCUGUCAAAUCAAAGAAGAAAAGUCCGUCUCUCAAACCUGCCACAAGUACCAAGAGCGAUGACUUGUCCCCCAAGAGAAUACCAUUGCAUACACGGGCAAAAUCCAUGCCAGAGGAGUUGCUCACACCGGACGAAAUGGUAGAAACCGUCGAUAGCGAUGGCGACGAAACGAAUGUACAGGGGCCACCCAGACUGAGGUCCCGGAGUUUGGAAAGGGAACCUUCCGCGAUGACUUUGUUUCCAGCUCAAUUUUCACAACAACAGCAAGCGAUGGCACCGAAGAGAAGUAGCAUGGGAUCUCCUGCCCAAGCUUCCAACAAAGCAACGUCAAAGCUGAAUAUGAAACCGAAUUCCAAGACAGCUAACACACGGUCUCGAUCAACCUCACCUGCCUUACGACGGCAGCGUACUCUUUCUGGUAAGCCAAAGAAGAAACAAUUAUUCAGAGAGCGCCCCAAGCCAAGCAGUCCAUAUAUUGCCUCGGCACUCUCUACCAAGCCUUCUCCGAAACUAGCUCCCCGCGCACCAAUAUCGACCAAUACAGCUUCCACAGUCUCAGAAAUCAGUAAUCAAAGUGCCUUUUCAGCCAUUACGCAGAAGGAAUCUGCGGAAUUGAUACCAUUGAGAAGCGAAUCAGAUGUACCCAUUGGAGAUAUUAAACAGCCAGCAAACACAUCACCGAAACGAGGGAGAACGAACGCCCAAGUUCGAUCCAGCAGCCCCAGGCGAACGUCCCCAGUUCCUGAACUAUCGGUCCAAAGAAAAAGUGUCUCACCGGGGCCCAAUGCCCGCCGUAGAGACUAUACAGUGGGUGCAGUCACCAUGUCGGGUCUUGAAGUUCCGGUUCAUGAUGCAGAGGGAGCUUAUGUCUAUCGACAACGAAUUCCGGCUAAACGACCGGCCGAACCCAAACGAUACAAGAUUAGGACUCGACAACGAUCCCGACGAGAUCGCCUAAUUGAAGUCAAGCAAGGAAGUUUUUGCAUAGGGAACAAAGAGAUUGAGAUGGAAACCCCUCCGAGAAGUUUGGUGAUUAUCUGGGUCAUUCUUGGGAUCGAACUAUUCCUCGACUUGAUCGCAACCGGAAUUUCCUUUGUUUCCUUUGUGAGAGACCCAGUAGUGUGUUGCGAAGAGGAGAUAGAACACGACCAUCUUCAUUUGGGCUUCACUAUUCCAUUCAUUGUUCUGAUUGUUGCGGAAAUUGGGUUUCUGUUGCGAGCCAUAUUUUUGUCCUUAUGGCCAAAGUCUACAUACACGAUGGAUGGAGCAGUUAUCAUUGACGACCACGAUGUGGCUUCUUCAGACCCAAGUGGCAUUGGCAAAAUGUUGUGCUGUGUUGAUUGGAGUCCUAAGUUCAUUUCUUUCGUUGUGAAUCUGUUGACAAUCAUCAAUCCAUACUUUGGCUUUUUCAUCACAUGGAUCCUCAUGUACCAAUCAGAUAAGCAUGAAGCGCUUGCUGUAAUGGGCAUAGAAGCCUUGAGCAUUCUCCUGCACUUCAUUGCAGUGCAUCUAGAACAGAGUGCGCCUACUCUAAAGUUGAAAUUGAUGCACGUGCUUGCCAUUGUCGCUUGGCUCGCGACCAUUUUCAUGACUCUUUGGUAUCUGGCACAAGGCGGAGUGUGCUACAAUUCCAAGAUUAACAACUUUUGGUUUGAUGGAUGCGAAGUAUGCCCAGAUGGGUCGCCGCCAAUCAAUGAUGUCGAUGGACUCCAAUGUCCUUAUACAACUGUAAUUCUGGGACGAAAUGUUACUGCCUAUGAACCAGUUUUUGGGUUGACGUUGAAGCGUUCUACUAUUUGUGAAGAGGACUUGCAAAUGUGUUGGUACACGUACUAA